AGAUGCUCCUGUGUCGCCGUCUUUAUUGGAUCAAAUAUUGUAAUGUGGGCCACCUACACACGAGCUCUGGCACUUUCCGAUUGCACCAGCACCCCUAUGAUCAUCAAUAUGGCCUGCAAUUUCGCUCUGACGGUAUUCUCGGAAGUCUCAUAUUCUCCGAAUCGCAUUCCUAUCUGUGGUGGCUCCUGCUGAUCAUGCUCAUCACCGGACUCACUAUGCUGCUCAGCUCCAAACAUGAGGACUUAAAAGAGGAAUAGCUUCUUCUUUUUCUUUUGUUGGCUUUCCGUUUUAUUCAUUCUCCAAUAAAUUCGCUUUUGUAUCCAUGGUUGCAUCGUUCGUGUCUCCUCGCAACUAGAAUCUUCUAUCCUUCAAAAUUUUUCAUUUAGUCCCUUUUCAAAUUCUCGUUCAGCAGCAUGCAAACCUAUAUUCUACUUCUUCCAUUUUUCAUAGCGUAUUCUGUAUGCCAAUCUAGUUUUUCACACGCAUCUUCUACUCCAUCUGUCACAACUUCCAAGUAUGCCAACUCUUCACCGACACCUUCCGACGCAGUCGACUCUAAUCAGGAUUCUUCAACUACAGAUUCGGAUGCAUUGAACCUCGACGAUGUUGAGAAGCUUGUCACCUAUACGACGAAACAAAAAACUAUUUUCAUUGCGUGCUGUGGAGGAACAUUCGUACUUCUCGUUGCCUUGGCCAUUCUCUCUGGACUUUCGGAUACAAUUGCUCGUUCCCGUCAAAAAACAACAAGAACUCAUGCUUGAAAUUUUAAUCGUUAUAAGACUUUGAGAAUAAAAUUUG